UUUCAGUUUGCUAACAAGAAAGACGUGGUGUGUUUAAAUCAAAAUUUAAUAUAAAAUUUCUAAAAAACAUUUUCUUUAGUGAUCAACAUACAAAAUGGGAGUUUGGCCAGAGGUAACAACUGUAAAAAAUGAGAACAGACAUGAAAUCAAGCUGUCUGGCGCGUCAAUAUCCAAACGAAUAUCCGAGGAAGGUUUAGAUAACAACUUGUUCCAAUUAACCAAUUUAAACCUUCUAAAUAUUAGUGAUACGUGCCUCACGAUUAUUCCCGAUGAUAUCAAUAGGUUAGUUAACCUACAAUCGCUGUUAUUAUUCGGAAACAAACUGCAAGACUUUAACGAAAAUAUAACCUCUCUGCGCAAGUUAAAGGUGCUCGAUUUGUCCAGAAACGAGAUUAAAAGUAUCCCAGACAGCCUGAAUAAGAUGAAAGAAUUGACUAGCAUCAAUUUAAGUUCGAACCAAAUCGAAGCUAUGCCGAAAUUCGUCGAUUUUCCCAACUUAAUUAUAGUUGAUGUGUCUAAUAACAAAUUAACCGAGUUUAUAGACCUGGAAGGCGCUCAUUUGCCUCAUUUGACGGAUCUGAAGCUGAAAGGCAACGCUAUUGAGACAAUCCCUAGCUAUUUACCGCAAAGUUUGCCGUCGCUGAAGAACUAUGAUAUGGGUGAUAACAAAAUCAAAGUUGUACCGGGGGAACUCGCCAAUCUACAAAAACUAAAAGAACUAAACCUCAAAGGCAACAAACUCGCUGACAAGCGUCUCAUGAAACUAGUCGACCAGUGCCGCACCAAGCAAGUCCUAGAUUACGUCAGGGAACACUGCCCGAGGAGUGAUUCUCAAGCCCAGACAAAAGGAAAAGGAAAAAAGGGCGCCAAAAAACAAGAAGACCCACCUAUCGAAGAAGCUGUCUGUGAUCUAUGCCAUUCAAUGAAGAUUCUAUAUGUUGAAGAUAAUAUUCCUAACGUACAAAUCAUAGAGUCUCAAGUUAGCGCUGUCCGUCCGUUCAUAGUGUGUUGUAUCGUUAAUGAUCUGAACUUUACGGAGGCGUCUUUUAAGAAGUUCAUUCAGAUGCAGACGAAGCUGCAUGACACGGUGUGCGAGAAGAGAAACGUUGCUACUAUAGCCACACAUGACUUGAAGAAAAUUGCACCUGGAAACCUAACCUACACAGCGAAGCCACCGAAUGUUCUCAAGCUGGUGCCACUGGGGCGCUCCAAGCCUUUCACCGGUGAACAGCUGUUCCAACAGCUGGUGGCGGAGGCCGACGCCCUCAGGAAGGAGAAGAAAAGAAAUGUCUACUCGGGGAUACAUAAGUAUUUAUACCUACUGGAGGGCAAGCCGAAGUACCCGUGCCUGCAGGACUCCAACGGGCAGGUGAUCAGCUUCCCGCCCAUCACCAACUCGGAAGUCACUAAGAUGUCGCACGAGAGCACGAGUAUGUUCGUGGAGGUGACCUCCCACGCGUCGCUCGGCGCCUGCAAGACUGUCCUCGACAAGUUCCUGCUGGAAACGCUGCUGCUGGGGCAGGCUGGAGACCAGGGCUACCACACGCUGAACGUGCAGCAGGUGAAGAUAGUGGACACAGAAGGCAACCUGAAGAGCGUGUACCCAUCGCGAACGGACUGCGUGUACGAGGACGCGGCAAACGUCAAAGUGUUCCGGCUGCCCAAGAAAUAAGCUGCGGCAAAAUCACACGUUGACUUUUUUAUUCUUUUUUUUUUAUUGAAAGUUUGAAUAAAAAUGUGAUUUGUUCUUUUAUGAAAUGGGGUCCUGAAUGUCGCUUACAAACUCUGCUCUUUUGAUUUUUUUUAAGAAACCUAGCAUUCACAAACAUUUUUUUUGUUAGACACUUAAUUUUUUAAAUCAAGUCUUAGAAUAUCAUCUGAAUAUUAUCUUCUUAUCAUCUUUGGUAAGCGAAGCUCUGGCAUAAGAAUUUAUUAUAAUAUAAUAAGAAAUUUACUUGUUUGUCUUCAUCUUGACUACAUUUAGCUAUAAAAUGAUUAGAUCUAAUUUUCAAAUUCUGAUUUAAAAAGUGGAUGUAUUGUAAGUCCUUUUAAAAGGAUUCCACACAGUAUUUUGUUAUUGUAGAGUGCUAGAGAAUGGAAUGAAUACCUUCCUUGUUUAUACAAAGAAAAUAGUAGCAAAUAGCAGUGUUUAGUAUGCCCAAUUUUUUUUUCUUAUUUGUCAUUUCUUUUCUGAGAGAUGGUGAUUUAUGUUUCUUUUUUUAUUUGUUUUUUAAAUUAUUAUGUUUCUGAGGUGAUUGUCCUCAUUAAACUCGUGUUUAUUGAUUAUAAGUGAAAACAACUGAAAAAAAUUGUUUAUUUCUUUGCAGUUUAAAAUGUACCUGAUGUAUGUACGUAGGUAUAACAUAGAUUCAAGAUUGUUACUCCUAAAUCUUCCCAGUAUUUUUUGAAAAAAACCUACGCUAAAUUAUAUCAAACGCCAUAUUACUGUUAUCAAUUGAAAUAACAAGUGUGCUAGCUUUAAGGUUCUUUCUUAAAAUUCUCUGUGAUGAAACUACCAAUUUCUCGAUGUUAAACAUCUAACGUAAUGUUAUGAAUAAGUGUCAACGCUUGUUUUUGUAAUAAAUAUUUUUUCAUCGUA